AUGAUCCAUGAGCUCGCCCCUGGCGGCGCUGCCGCCGCAGGCACGGCGCCCCCGGCCGCGCGCCGCCUGCGGGUGCUGAGCACCGGCAACCACGCCUCCUACCCAGCGGCUGUCUUCAGCAUGUGGCGGGCGCUCCUCCGCGGCUACGACUUCGAACUCGACGACCAGUCCUUCGACACCCGCUACUGCAAGAUCACGGGCACCUGCUCCUCGGACCACCGCUUCGCCGCCAUCGGUGAGCUGCUCCGUUCCACGGUGGUGGAGACGUGCGGAGGGCUCUUCCUGAAGGGAUGGGAGGACAUGGCAGCCCUGGCAGAGGCAUUCUCCCAGUCUAUCUCGGGCGGAUCGGGCGGGGCACCCGGCCUGGAGGCGGACGUGCUGCUGUGCACGCACCCGCCCUACUCCUGCCGGCUCUUUUGGCCACUGGUCUUGGACCACAGCAAGCCGUUGCUAGGCUUCUUCGGCGGUACGCUGGAGGCCCACGUACCCUCCUCCGGCGCCGAGGCGUGGCUGCACGACUUCCUGGAGAUGUCCCGGCACCCGCGCGUGCAGUUCGCCGCCAUCUCGCCGUUCCUUGCGGAAAAGAUGAGGUUCCAGACAGGUGCCGACGUCCCGGUGGCCCGUGGGUUCGGCUUCCACGUGAUCGAGCAGGGCAUCGCUUACUUCCCGAGCCGGCCAGAGGUGCUGGUGUGGAAGAACAGCGGCGAGUGCGAGGACAACCAGGCCGCAUUCGACGGCCUGCUGGAGAGGCUUGCGGCGGAGGCAGGGGGUGGCGGCCCGGCGCUGCGCUUCCAGCACCUGCGGGCUCUGCGAGCGGCGGGCGACGCUUCUUACAGCACUAUCGCAUCCUUCCGAGCGGUGGUGUUCGUUCCCUAUGAGGUCUUGCUCAUGACGUUCUACGAGCUGUACCACGUUGCCAUCCCCAUGUUCAUACCCACUCUAGAGCUUGCGAGUUUCUUCUUGUACCGCGGCCCUGUCACCUACCCUCACUGUGGCAUGUUUUUGGAGGGGAAGGACGACAGCGAGGAGGUGGUGGGGGACUUCGUACCUCGGCCUAGAGCUCCUUACUCGCCCUUCGCGCGGGAUAGAAUCACGGACCGCGUGGCGUGGCUGGAGGCGUACACGGACUGGUACCGCUUCCCACACAUCUCAGGAGCGGAAGCCAGCACUCUGGGAGGGGGGGGGCGGGGUGUGGGGGGGGCGGGGGGGGGGCGAAUUGUUGAUACUUCGAGUAUUCCCAGCAACCCAUCUGGAACGACUCCCAGGUGGGAUGUCGUGAUAAGGGAAGUGUCUUGGUAA